AUGGCAUACAACGACGAUGCGGUACUGGCAAAGCUGUCGGCCCUGAAUGAGAGCCAUGACAGCAUUGCGACUGCUGCACAAUGGAUCAUGUUCCACAAGCGACAUGCAGAUCGCACAGUGGCACUAUGGAUGCAGCGUCUCCGGGAUUCAUCAAGUACCAAGAGAUUGAGCUUGGUUUAUCUUGCAAACGAGGUCACCCAGCAGUCAAAGGCCCGACACAAGGACGAUUUCCUUGUUGCCUUCUCCCCCGUCAUUGCUGAAGCAACGUCGUUGGCCUACAAGGGAGCGCCGGCUGAGAUCCAGAACAAGCUAAGAAGAGUCAUUGACGUUUGGAAAGACCGCUUUAUCUUCGAGCCGCCCGUUCAACAGGCUAUCGAACGCGGCAUCGAUGAACUCGAUAAGGCCCGAGGAACCGCCAAGCCAACCUUCGCUGGUCCUGGAAUGGGCGGUGGUGGUCCUUCUGUCCCAACAGAGCUCGCCCCGCUUGUCACCUCGUAUACGAAUGUCUCGAAGCUCAACCUUCCCACUAAGACGGCUGUGAGCACCGCCAACCAGGACUUCGAAAAGAUCACAGACCCAUCGACACCCGUUCCGUCCGCCCCCGUGUAUGCUGCACGUCUAAAUGGUCUGCUUAAGAGCCUGGCCAGUGCUGAGGGCGCUGUCGCAGAAUGUGUCAAGGCCAGGAAGGGCCUCAUUGGCGAGUUAGAGAAGAUGCUCAGCGCGAGCCAGGAGGCGCUGGCGACCGACGAGAGACAGUAUGCCGAGCUGAUGUCCCGCAAGGCGGAAACGGAGGAGAAGAGACGUGAGAUUGAGCAAGCGAUUAUGCGUGGACUUCCGACACACGAGGCUUCGCAAUCCCCCGGCAACGGGGCGUCCAAGACUCCUGAACCUGAGAGACCAGAAGUUGAGGCGCUGACACCCCCGGCCGUGGAGGCCUUUACACCGCCGUCAGUGGAAGCACUCACACCUCCUCCGGUCCACGACGAGCCGCCUGUUCCUCACCACACAGAAGCGGACCAUGCCCGUUCGGCAUCGAGCCAAGGUUUCCAGCCUCCGGCGGCGUCAGGCAUCGAAAUGUUGUCAGCCCUUGCCUCGCAGUACCAAUCCAUCCCUGUCUCGGCAAACGGCGCGAAGAAGAGACGCCGGCUCGAUGGAGACGAGUUCCCUGAUCUUGGGGGCGAUGAUGGAAUCGAUGCCGACGUGGCAGAGAUGCUGCGUAAGGAGAGUAACGGUAGCGCUUGA